CGAGGGAGUCGGUGUUUGCGCGCGCGGACGCCGCUCCUGCUGCCGCGCCGCCGCGGCCGGCCGUUCUUUCCGGGUUCCCUCUCGCUGCCCCGGGGCAUGAAAGGGCUUUGCGGCCGGGACUGAAAGACCGGGGUUUACCUGCGGGCGCGAGAGGAGGGUGCGCACACGCGGCCCGGAGCGCGGGCGUCCGCCCGCCCCCGCCUGGAAGUUGGUGCCGGGCCCCCGAGUGCGCGCCCGCUGCGGAGCCCCGGGCGGAGCGAGAGGCCGCCGGCCCGCGAUGGACGCGCCGAGGCUCCGCGCGCUCGCGGCGGCGCUGGGGCUGCUGCUGUGCGCGGUGCGGGGGCGCGCCGGCCCGGCCGAGGGCGACGGCCCUUCGGGGGUCGCCGCCGAGCACCCGUGCCCAGCUCCCUGCCGCUGCCUCGGGGACCUCCUGGACUGCAGUCGCCAGCGGCUGGCACGCCUGCCUGAGCCGCUCCCGCCCUGGGUCGCCCGGCUGGACUUAAGUCACAACAAAUUGUCUUUCAUCGAGGCAAGCUCCAUGCGCCGCCUUCACAGCCUUCGAGAAGUGAAACUGAACAACAAUGAAUUGGAGACCAUUCCAAAUCUAGGACCAGUCUCAGCCAAUAUUACACUUCUGUCCUUAGCUGGAAACAAGAUUGUGGAAAUACUGCCUGAACACGUGAAACACUUUCAGUCCCUAGAAACUUUGGACCUGAGUGGCAAUAACAUUUCAGAGCUUAAAACUGCGCUUCCACCCCUGCAACUCAAGUAUCUGUCCAUCAACAGCAACCGAGUGACGUCCGUGGAACCGGGGUACUUUGACAACUUGGCCAACACGCUCCUGGUACUGAAGCUGAACCGGAACCGGCUCUCCGCUCUCCCGCCCAGGAUGUUUAAGCUGCCCCAGCUACAGCACCUUGAACUGAACCGAAACAAGAUUAAAAAUGUGGAUGGGCUCACGUUCCAAGGGCUUGGUGCUCUGAAGUCUCUGAAGAUGCAGAGGAAUGGCGUGACAAAACUCAUGGAUGGGGCUUUCUGGGGGCUGAGCAGCAUGGAAAUCUUGCAGCUGGACCAUAACAACCUGACAGAGAUCACCAAAGGCUGGCUUUACGGCUUGCUGACGCUGCAGGAGCUCCAUCUCAGCCAGAACGCCAUCAGCAGGAUCAGCCCUGACGCCUGGGAGUUCUGCCAGAAACUCAGCGAGCUGGACCUAACUUUCAAUCACUUAUCGAGGUUAGAUGAUUCAAGCUUCCUGGGCUUAAGCUUGCUAAAUACACUGCACAUCGGGAAUAACAAAGUCAGCUACAUCGCUGAUUGCGCCUUCCGGGGGCUUUCCAGUUUAAAGACUCUGGAUCUGAAGAACAAUGAAAUUUCCUGGACCAUUGAGGACAUGAACGGUGCCUUCUCUGGCCUUGACAAACUGAGGCGUCUAACACUCCAGGGAAACCGGAUUCGAUCCAUUACCAAAAAGGCCUUCAGUGGUUUGGAUGCACUGGAACACCUAGACCUGAGUGACAACGCGAUCAUGUCAUUGCAAGGCAACGCUUUCUCACAAAUGAAGAAACUUCAACAACUGCAUUUAAAUACAUCAAGCCUUUUGUGUGAUUGCCAACUAAAAUGGCUCCCGCAGUGGGUGGCGGAAAACAACUUUCAGAGCUUCGUCAACGCCAGUUGUGCGCAUCCGCAGUUGCUGAAGGGGAGAAGUAUUUUUGCCGUCAGCCCAGAUGGCUUUGUGUGUGAUGAUUUUCCUAAACCCCAGAUCACGGUUCAGCCAGAAACGCAGUCGGCAAUAAAAGGUUCCAAUUUGAGUUUUAUCUGCUCGGCUGCCAGCAGCAGUGAUUCCCCAAUGACUUUUGCUUGGAAAAAAGACAAUGAGCUACUGCAUGAUGCGGAAAUGGAAAAUUACGCACACCUGCGGGCCCAGGGCGGCGAGGUGAUGGAGUACACCACCAUCCUGCGGCUCCGCAACGUGGAGUUUACUAGUGAGGGGAGGUACCAGUGCGUCAUCUCCAACCACUUCGGUUCAUCCUACUCGGUCAAAGCCAAGCUCACAGUAAACAUGCUUCCUUCAUUCACCAAGAUGCCCAUGGACCUGACCAUCCGUGCCGGGGCCAUGGCGCGCUUGGAGUGCGCCGCCCUGGGGCACCCAGCCCCACAGAUCGCCUGGCAGAAGGACGGGGGCACAGACUUCCCGGCCGCGAGGGAGAGACGCAUGCACGUCAUGCCUGAGGAUGACGUGUUCUUCAUCGUGGAUGUGAAGACAGAGGACGUCGGGGUGUACAGCUGCACAGCUCAGAACAGUGCAGGGAGCAUUUCUGCAAACGCCACUCUGACUGUCCUCGAGACACCAUCAUUUCUGCGGCCCCUGUUAGAUCGAACUGUGACCAAGGGGGAAACAGCCGUCCUGCAGUGCAUCGCGGGAGGGAGCCCUCCUCCCAGGCUGAACUGGACCAAGGAUGACAGCCCUUUGGUGGUCACUGAAAGGCACUUUUUUGCAGCAGGCAACCAGCUGCUAAUCAUUGUGGACUCCGAUGUCAGCGAUGCCGGGAAGUACACGUGUGAAAUGUCUAACACCCUGGGCACUGAGAGAGGCCACUUGCGCCUCAGUGUGAUCCCCACCCCCACCUGCGACUCCCCCCAGAUGACGGCCUCGUCGCUGGACGAUGACAGAUGGGCCACCGUGGGCAUCGUGAUCAUAGCGGUGGUUUGCUGUGUGGUGGGCACGUCGCUUGUGUGGGUGGUCAUCAUCUACCACACCCGGCGGAGGAACGAGGACUGCAGCAUCACCAACACAGAUGAGACCAACUUGCCGGCUGACAUCCCUAGUUACUUGUCAUCUCAGGGAACGCUAGCCGACAGACAGGAUGGGUACGUCUCCUCAGAAAGUGGGAGCCACCACCAGUUCGUCACUCCUUCAGGAGGCGCGUUUUUCUUACCACAACAUGACAGUAAUGGGCCAUGCCACAUUGACAACAGCAGCGAAGCUGAUGUGGAAGCUGCCACAGACCCGUUCCUUUGUCCCUUCUUGGGACCCGCAGGCCCUGUGUAUCUGAAGGGGAGUGUGUACUGCUCAGACCCUUUCGAAGCCUACCAUCCAGGUUGCGGUCCCGACCCGAGGACAGCUUUAAUGGACCACUGUGAGCCCAGUUACGUAAAGCAGAAGGAGUGCUGCCCAUGUCCUCAGCCUUCGGAAGAGCCCUGCGAGCAGAGUGUGGGUGACUUAGGGUGGCCUUCCCGUGUGAGGAGGGUGCUCGCCUCUCCUCUCUCCCAGCGCGAGGGGCCCGGAACGAACACCUUAAGUCUCAACAAGUCUUCUGUAGACUUUGGCGCAGGCGCAGAGCCAGCGUCACUUACUCUGAGCAGUUCUUUCCUGGGAACAUUUGGAAAGCCUCUGAGGAGACCUCGCAUGGAUGCCUUUCCAAGCCCUGGACGAUCAUCGGAUUGUCCGCCAAGAGCCUUUCACUUGAAAGCUCGCUCUUCCCCGAGCCUGGACUGUGAGUCAGAGGAAGAGGGGAGAGAAAGGACAGAUUUUCAGCAAGAAAAGCACACACGUACCUAUAAACAGACCUUAGAAAACCACAGGACUUCAAAUUUCCAGUCUUAUGACUUGGACACAUAGACUGAAUGGGACCAAAGAAGAGUUCUGACUUACUACCUCAAGUGGACUUCUAUUUAAAAGAGAGAGAAUUCUAUGUUUUUAAAUGGAGUUACGAAUUUUAAAAGGGUAAAAUGUCUUAUUUAUACAGAGGGACCAAAAUUACAAAAAGUUAUAAAAAUUUUAUACUGGGAGUAACUUUCAUAUAAGAAUACCUUUUAAAACUAUUUUACUAUUUUAUAACUUUGCUUUAUGCAAAAAAAAGUCUUAUGUAAAUUAAUGGUAUAAAUCCAUGACUAUUUUAUGUAUUUUUAUAAUGCCAGAUUUCUUUUUAUUGAAAAUGAGUACUAAAGCAUUUUAAACAAUACCUGUCUUGUACGCGUUUUGAAUAGAAGUCACUUCAUUUUCUUUUGCACGUUACAUUCAUUAAAAUGUGUCAUUUUUAUCCCAAGUCGCAUCUUUGUAAUAACAAUUUUUAUUGUUUUCAAUAGAUUUUAGGCUUAAUUACUUCAUAUUAUCAUGUCUCAUAUUGAUGAAAAUUAUAUUCAGGACAUUAAAAUAUGAGCAAAAAAUGAUCAUUCUGUGUACCCCCCAGGGCUAUUGUAAUAAGGCUCAAAUCAGGUUAGGAUGUGUGAAAGCACAUUGUAAACAAGGAGGAGCUACAAGGUCCAGAAGGUGCAUUGCUCUAUUUCUGACUCUGCAGACAAAAAGAUGGGUUGUCGUAGGCUCGUGUAAUGUAGUACAACCGUUGUUUAAAUCAUUGCUCAAACCCUGUUUCCUUCAUUAUAAUAAUGCCUUACGUGGUCUAAUUCUUUGUGCUUUUCCAAAUAGUUUCACACCCACCAUCCUUAAUUAUACCAAGAAUGGCUUAUGGCACAUUUAUGUAGUAGAAAUGCCUACCGCAGACACGGGUUUUGAUCCAGUGUUGCAGGUUUUAAUGGCAUGCUGCUAGAAGUCUUCGCUGUUCCUGUUGAUUUUCUGCUGGACGAGCAGUUCUUUACCAAAAAGGUACUCUUAAGCUAUUUUGCAGCAUUCUUUAAGAAUUCAAAUAUUUUCCCAAUUUGUUCAUUGCAGCUCUCCUUGUUAAACAGAGUAUCCAGUCUGUUACUUAAACAAUGAUUUACAUUAUUUCAUUUAAGCUAUGUUCACGUGAAAAUGUUAUGACAUGAGUGGCAUAUAUAUACACAGACACACAGACACACAGACACACAAAGAAUAUCGUCAUUUUCAAAAAGAAGUGACAUAGUUUGAAGUAAUUAAAUGAGACAAACGAUUAAGUUUAGUAACUUAGUAAAACUUUUUUGUUUUGAUUUGGUUUUUUUGGUAAAUCCUUGUUCAUCUAUCUGUAGUUUAAAGAAAAACUCCCUGGCCCAAGAUAAAAUUGGGCUGGAAGAAGUUAACAGAGUACAUUAAACUUUACAAUCUACUGA